AUGAAGAGCGUUGAUCGACUGAAAUGGAGUCAUGUUGUGUAUGUUGAUGAUGAUUAUGUUUAUGUUUGGAAAGUGAUGGAAGAUGGUGAAUAUAGCUUGAAAUGUUACAAGUUUGGGGAUGGUGAAUUACUGCAAAAUAUUGACUACCAAGGGGAGGAAGGAUUAAUCUGUAAAAUAAUGAUGAAUUAUAACCCUCAUAAGAUUGAACAUUCGCCUCUUCGGAUGAAGAAAGAAAAAUUAGUUGAUGUAUGGGGAGAGAAAGAUGCCGAAAUGAUUGCUAAUGCAAGGGGUUUUGGCUGGCUUUUGCUACUACUGGAAAAUGGAGACCAUAUAGCAAUACUCGACCAAGAUGGACAUUUACGCGUGAAAAGAUACAAAGACAAAGACAAAUACUUCGAUAAUUUCGCAACACAAUUCUUCAACCAUGAAAAUCUAUGGUCGGACAAGCAGUUAAUCCUAUAUCAAAAAUACUCUAGUUUGAAUAUUUAUAACCCCCAAACACUACAGCUACAAAUCACUCUACCAUUCCCUCACUUCGAUAUACGGGACAUGCAAUGGAAUCUUCAACACUCUCAACUCAUCAUCAGGAGUGGAAAGGAUUACUGCUUAGUAAAUCCAAUGAAAAAGGAAUAA